GACCACACAAAUUUGCUGAUUUUAGAAUAUUUAAUACAAAUUUUCUUAUUCCUUGAUCUUCUGAACAAUAGGAAUAACCAGGCAAAGUGCAAUAAUGACGAUGCCGAUCAUGUCAGUGAAGAUGAAAUGGUAGUUGAAAAUUACGAUAUCUGCCAGAAUCGUGAAGAUAUUUUCACUAUAAGCGAUGGGUGCCAGUCUGGAUGCAGAGGUGUACUUUGUAGAUGCCAUAAAUGUAAAUUGGCCAGCAACCACACAUAUCAACAAGAUCCCAAGGCAUAUUAAGUUUGUGCCUCUGUAUUCUUCAAAAUGUAACAAUCCUGGAAUGAAAAUCAUUAUGAAUAUGUUUUGCAAAAGAACUCCUAGUCCGAAGUACAAAGGCGAAAUUAGCGUGUGCACGUUAUUGAGACUCAUUGUUCUCAGAAUUACAAAUAGUCAUCCGUAUAGGAUGGCUGAGGUCACCAAUAAACAGUAGCCCAGAAUCUCAUUUGACGCGACUUCUGGGUCCUCAGAUCUGUUCAAUGUUAAUAUAUACACUCCGAAUAUCGAGAAGAGAAUCAAGCUAAUAUUUUGAAAUGUAAUCUUCUCCUUAAGGAAGAUUGCAGCGGUAAUUGUGCAAAAUAGAGGGCUCAUACUCCAGAUAAGGAUCCCUUUGCCAAUGGAUACAUACUGCAGACCAAAGAACAAGCAAAUCGUGUUUAGAGUAAAACUGAAGAUGUUCACAUUCACUUUUUUAAUCUUAGCGUAGAUGUAGUAGAAUGGGACCAAGGAAUAAGCCACCACUGAGAUGGAGUCAAAUGCAGACAUAUUUGGAGAUAUAGAGAACAUAUACUUUAUAGAGAUAUGGAUAAUAGUCCAGAUCAAGGUUGUGGUGAUCAUCAAUAAAAUCCCUUUAAUGUAACCACUUCUUUCAUUGGUGUCUUUGUCAGACACUCAAGAAACUUCGAAUAAAGACACUGAUAUCUUAGAAGCAUUGCUUAGUUUACUCCUAAGUCUCAUGACUACAGCAGGGGGAUCAAGGUUUGUGUAGGGAUCUUCUAUCUCAAAGAGCUGGCAGUCUUUCUGAGGCUUAGCCUCCACAGCUUGGC